AUGCCGGGUCUCUUUGGUGGAGCUAGAUUCUUCUUAUCUCACGCUAUUCCGCAACGAAGUCGGCUCAAAGAGACAAUCGAGCGAAAUGGAGGGGUGGUCGUCUUGCUCGAGCAAGAUGCAGAUACCAUUCUCGUGGAUCAUUUGAGGAAAACUCAAACUCUUCCUGCCAAUGCCCUUUCAUACCAAUUUGUGGAGAAAUCUGUCCAAAAUGGUAGGCUGGAAGACCCUGAGUCCUAUCGGGUUGGCCCAAGUUCAUCUCGUCCGAUGGGCGCAUCCAAUAUUCCCACGAAAAGCACGAGAAGAAGUUACAGCUUAGAGGACGAUCGAAUUGUUUUCGACUGGCUCUAUCCCUUGGAACAGACGAAAGGGGCGCCUACACAUGGUAACAACAUCUACAAGCAAUUGGCUGCACGAUUCCCACAGCAUACAUGGCAAUCUUGGCGCACCAGGUACUUGAAAACUCUUCGAGGAAAGCCACGCCCAGGAGGUGGUCAGCCCAGGCCUGAUCUCGUGUACGGGGGCCCUGAAGCGGUCCCACGGAUUGAGCAGCCAUCACAACCACCUCAGACUUCACCGGAGGGCUCACAAGCUCCGCUGCAAGAACCGACUCUUGUAGCUUCAAGGGAGCCCACCAAGUCUGCCGCGAGGCAAAGCAAUCAGGCCAGUCCGGAGAUUUCGAGUAGAAAACGCGGACCACCUUCGGUCUCAUCGCCCGAUCUUCUCGAGGCCGCAAAGAAGGCGAAGAAAAGAUCGGCCGAUACGACACAAAGUCCUACACCUCCCGUACAGCCACUUUCUACCCACAGCGCAUUCGACAGCGUGGAGCCUGUGAGGAUUUGUUCCAAUGAAGCCCCGAGUUUAGACCGGGGGGCCGACAGUGAGAUCCAGGACACUAUUGUUGUUGAGGAUUCAACGGUGCCGGUCCAGCCCCCCGAAACGCCAGCUGACAUCGAAGCUGAGCCACCCACAGACGCUCUCUUUUUACAACUGCCAUUCUUUCCGACGAGUUCGGAUUCCGACUCAAGCAACUACGAGUUGAGAGAGGGUGAUGAUAGCGACCCCGAAGAGUACUCUGACAUCGGGAGCUGGAUCAAGGCGCAAGAGGCGAGGGGUGUGGAUAUCUCGACAGUAUUAGAUGCACUUCGUUUCACCAGCAUGGAGCCCGCAAUAGCCAAAAAAUUGCUUAGGGUUUUAGAGAGUGGGAAUCCACUUCCCCAAAACAUGCGAGGGGUGUGGACUGAGGAAGACGAUCGAUGUCUCGGGAGUCAGGACGCCCACGAAGUUCAGCGCGUGCUUAUGAAACAUGGCGACAAACUGUUACAGGCUCGUUGGGAGUACCUUGAAAUGGCACGAGAAAGAGGGCUGGUCGAAUAA